ACCAGUGCUGCGGUUUCUCUCAUUUCCUGUUUAAAAGAGAGAGAGAGAGGCAAAGAAGAGGCUCUUGCCAUAGACUGAGCGGCAAAAAACACCAAUCCCUGGUCACCCAAGACAAACCGUAUUUAUGGGCGCUGCCUAUCUUCGUCGGUUUGGACCGUUCGUGACCGCUCGCUCCACCUCACCGAAGCCAAUGCAAGAAAAGGAAAGCAGCUAGAUUUCGGAAGGACUUCUGAAAAAAAAAGUUGACAGGUCACAGUUGCUCAGACCCAACAGCAUUAUAAAAGUGAGAAAUCGACAUCUGGUACCAUGGCAACCCAGAAAGCCGCCAAGCAGCGCUGGCUUCAGGCGGGCAGCUACGACCAGAAGCUGGAGCAACGGGCGACCAAGCACGAGUGCCUCCGUGACCGGAACAACAUCACUACCUGCCGCAGCCCCGGGAAGCAGCGCGACGCGGAAUGGAGGAGCGAACUGCAGCGCAAAAGGCAGAUGGAGUUUCUGAAGCGGAGGCAGAUUGGACACGCGUCGGCACCGCCGGCGCCCCAGGAGGAGAGAAAUAGGGAGCCCAAAGUCGUGCUUAGGUCAAAGCAGCGCAGGGCGCCACCGGUCAACAGACGCUCUUUGAUAAUGGCACAAGACCUGGGAAUCACCUGGCCCGAUAUGAACUCUCUUGAGCAGGCCCAGUGGUUGAAUGCAGCUGCAUUGCGCAAGAAUGAGGACAGGCCUGUAUAUCAGCAGACCUCUAACCGAGCUUCACUCAAGUUUCUCCUGAAUAGAGAGAGGUUCCCACAGCAAAGCAGGGUUGCUGAAAGGAGGGACAGAGGGGUGCAGACUGACCAGAGUGCACUGACCAACAGCCAGCACGGGCAGCGUGACUCCAGCUCACAGACUGAGUGUGGCUUAAUAACAGUACAGGAAUCGGACAUUUUGCAACUGGCAGAUUACUUAAAGGAGGCCCUCUGGAGGGAGGAGACGCUGAAGCAGAAGCUGGCCCUUCUCCAGCACAGCGCCUCUGCCCUGCUGGGCUCCUUUGACAACCUGUGGAUGACACGCUGCAAUGAGGAUAUAUUGAAGAGUAGGAUAGGAGCCUUAGAGUCCCAGCUGCAAGUGUGUGCACAGAAGUUUCCCCGGGACGGAGUGAAGAAAGUGAUGCUGCAGAUGGAGGAGCAGAGGCGGGAGUCCGAGGAGAAGGCCUUGGAGGCCCUGCAGAGGGCCACCACGGAGAAAGCGGAGGCUGAGAAGAAGGCAGAGAGCUUAGAGGAGGCGCUGCAGGCAGCACAGGCGGAGCUGGAACGGUGGCGGGGCCUGUACGGAGAGCUGAAGGAGAGCUGCGGUCAGCUGAGGAGGUCAGACGAAGAGAGCACAGACCAGCUGCACCUACUGCAGAGCCAGCUGGAGAGAGCCAGGGGGCAAGAGGCAGACCUGAGGGCCCAGCUGGAGGUGCUGCAGAGGGAUGGGGAUGAACUGCGGUCCCAAAUCACCCUUCUGGAGGAUGACAACCAGGCCACCAAGGAGCAGCUAAACGAUAUCAGAGUUUUAAUUUCAGAGAAGCUCUGGCAAUAUGAAGACCCUAGUCUGACUGGCAGCUUCUUUCAAAACCCCAGCCGAGAGAUGUGGGACUCCAUCGCUCAGUUCUGCGUUUCGGACGGGCGUCCGGCUACAGCCCAGCCCUCCUGGGAACACCUUCAGUCCGGCAGCCAGCUUCAGGAUACCCAGCAGAAGCUCAGGAUGAAGGAGAAGGAAUGUGAGGAGCUGCGGGCGGAGCUGGACGCCAUGGAGCUCGAGUGUCACACCAGUCAGUCCCGCCUGUCGCAGUGUAGGGAGGAGCUGAAACUGCUGAGCACUCGCAGGAGCAAGGGGCGCUGUUGCUCCUGGUUAGGUCUCUCUCUGUUGCUGGUCAUCAUGGUGGCCGUGGUGACCCUUGCGUGGAUCUGUUUCCACCCCGUCUUUGGCAACCAGCUGCAGGAGUACUAUGGAGUCCUGAGGGAGCACGUGGAGCAGUACCUGUGGGAGGCGGCCUCAUCGGAAAACUCAGAAUGCUACAGACCAAUUUGAAGCGGAGUCAUAGCAACGCUUCUAAUGCCAAGGACCAAUCGGAACGGAAACGCCAGUGUGGAGGAGAAAGAGGAUCCUUGGUAAAACAAGCUCCAUUGUGUUGUUUACUGGUUGAUUCGCGUUCUCAGAAAACGGCUGUGGGGUUGCGCUGGAGAUGUGAUGUUUACAGCUUUCUCAGGGACAUGAGGCCUGGAAAUGUUGCACUCAACCUUUUAUGUCUAAAAUGUUAUUAAAGUGUGAGGGUGCUGGCCACCCACACUAUAAAAAAGGAGAGAAAAUAAGCUCAAGGUGCAUGAGAUGAUCCAGGUUUUAUAUGUGUCCACUGUGUCAUGAGUAUCUCACAGAAUUUUGCAACUAGUCCUGUGAGAAAUUCUGCCAAUGCAGCUGUUUUACUUUCAGUGACUUUUAUAUACACAAAUAUUUAGUUAUUCUUUUUUUUUGAAGAUAUAUAAAACCAGUAUGCCUAAGGAUGUAGGAGAUAUACAGGGAGUCAGUUUCAAUUUUUACCACACCCAGCUACCCAGAACAACAUCUGUCCACAAAAUGACUUUUGCAACAUUAAAACACGCAACGAAUUCCCAUCAAAUUUCUCAGGAUAACCCAAAAGCUGUUUUUUCCACCUUUUAAGUAGACGUUAUGUUCAAAUGUGCAUUUGUUUUUUUAGCUGUUAUUUUUUAAAUAUACACUGAAAAUAAACUAUUUACAUCAUUAAUAUGGCAACAAGCGCAAAUGCAAAGGAAAAGCUAUUCUGCUUCUCGAAGCUGGGUGAGACUUUUAUGCCAUUAUGUUUGACAGUACUGACAUGAACACUUUUAUACCUCAUAGAAAAUUUAUUUUUGCCUCCAUUGGGCUCAGUACAAAAAAUAUUCCAGGUUUUCUCAGUCUGUGGUAUAGUCUUAAGGGCAAGGACAGGACAGACUAGUUUCUUCUCUGAUGCUUGACGGAUGCGCAAAUGCAUUGUUGUCUUGCCAUAUGUGAAACCCAUUCACAUUUUCUGUUCUUUUUUGCUAAGGAGCGAGCGGGAAAAACUGUCAUCAUGAAAUACAAUAACCCCCUUUGUUGCUUUGUAUCUUUUUGAUGAGCAAUUUCAGUGUUUAGUAGCCUGUUCUCCAUUGCCUACAUUCAGCUUUGUAUUGCACAAAGCUACCUCCUCAGCAAUGAAUGGCAUGUCACAAUUUGCCUUGCCAGUACAUCACUGCAGAUACACACAAGGUGGCAGAGUUCAUGCAGGGUGAAUGUAGCUGUGAUGUAGUACUUUGUGCGGAGUGCUACAGAAGUAAAAAUUGUAGCGUUGCAUGACCUUGGCGAAGUGGUCCCAUGGAGUUCCCAUGGCAGUGUUAUCACAGUUCCUUUUCCUUUUAUGACAUAACAGUAUGUUCCCACUCUCCUUCAUGCUGGGUUGCAUGACAAAGUGUUGUCAUGGCAAUGUGCAUUUUGAAAAGUGCAUAGAGACAGGCUUCCACUGUGUUUAUGCCCACUGUUAGCCAUUAGUGCUAUUAAAGAGCCAUUCCAUGCAUACACUGAUCACCUCAUUUCACAAUGACAUUUCCAAAGAUAUUUUAUAGUUUUUUUACCUUUAUAAUUUUGUGCAUACGUUAAGUUGAAG